CUCUCUCUCUCUCCCUCUUCAUCCAACCGCUGCUCGUUAAAGCGUCCUUCUGUCAUCGACUGUGUUAUCAAGGCAAAAGUCUCGCAGUGGCAUACCGGUGUCUUAGCGCAAGCACAGCCCAUCGCGGACCAGAACUCGCGCGGAACUCUGGACGAGCUCGAAGCAGCGUCCGACUGAUCGAUUCUGUUGUUCUCGAUAAUCAUCUCUGGACAUCCUCAUGGGAUGAGGUCACCAUCGUCCACCAGGUUCAUUCAGAUCACAAGGAGCAGUGUUUUAUAGAGCAUGGCGGUAUCUACGUCCCUCAAAGGUCAAAAUGCCAGCGCUGGACCUUCCUCUACCAGAGGCCAGCCAUUAGGAUCCACAUCAAAGACAAAAACAAUACCCGGUUCCGAUAGUACCGAUACUCGACCCGAACUGCCAUGGGCAUUCAUUGAUUGUCCGCAGGAGACGUUGAUUGUUCUGAUCACGCAUAUGCUCAAUAUGCUGAUCCAGCACAAUGAUCAAGUCGUUCUGACACCUGAUGCCUUGACAAGAUUCCAUUCAAGGGCGGCGCCGGGGAUCAGCGUGGAGGAAUACCUGAAGCGUAUCGUGAGGUACACGAACAUGGAGACGAUACCCCUCCUGUCACUCCUUGCCUAUAUCGACACCACAUGCCAAAACCUACCCACCUUCACCCUCUCCUCACUCACCGUCCAUCGAUUCCUGAUUGCUGGAGUUUGCGUCGGCUCGAAAGCUCAGUGUGAUGUCUUCUGUACGAAUGCCCACUAUGCGAAAGUGGGAGGUAUCAAAACGAACGAGCUCAAUGCUCUCGAGCGGGAAUUCCUCAAACUCACCCAGUGGACAUUGACGUGCAAUGCUGAGCUCCUUCAACGAUACUACACCUCUCUCAUCCGAUCCCACGGAGGCUAUAAGCAAGCCUCCGAGCCGACUUCUUCACCUUUCAUGUCGUUCGAUCCGGCCCAGAACAAGGAGGCAGCUGAUGAUGACCUGGAUGCGGAGAUGAAAUCCACGGGUUACGAAGAGCUAUCGGCGGACAUGGUCGCGACCGGUACCCAGUCCAGAGACAAGACGGCCGAACCCGAGCCAACAUUGCCGUCAUCUUCUCAAGGUGGCAACGCAGAGGCAGACGCGAGCGGGGCUGGCAAUGAGGAUGUUUCUAUGGCGGACGAUCGCCCGCAGUCAUCCAGAGACCCUCAGGGCAGUCAAAUGCAACUUCGACAGUCUCAAAUGGGAGAUAUGGACGUGGAUCCAGUGGAAGACUCUCGAGAUGCCACGCUGGAUUCGCCUCGCUCAAUGGCCUCGUCGUCAGUGCCAUCCUCUUCUCGCUCUUCGCUACGUACGACUCGAUCGCAGAGGGGUCGCGCCUUCUCUAUCAGCUCUGCUCCGAAGCUCGCUGAACCACGUUUGGAUAAGGCAUCUGCCACUGCCCCGACAUCGGCCGCUUCCAGUACCCCUGGCCAGAACCAGGCCGUAUCAUCAGCUUCAUCCUCUAUUAGACCUGAAGUGACUACAAUCUUCUCCGCGCCUUCUGUGCCCUCUGCACCUCGACCUAUUCCAGACCCUAUCCAGAGCAAUUCACACGAUCAUCCAGAUCACCACUCGUCUCACUCUUUCAAACAUUUUGUAGGCGGGAUUUUCCGACGCAAACAUGGUCAUGGUGAUUCUGAAGAGCGAGACACGACACCGCCAAAGGAUCAAGGAGGCCAUCAUGGGAUUUUCUCCUCAUUUCGACAUCACUCCAAGUCCCAUUCACCAGCGCCUGAGGGUCCUGAACACACCACUUCUUCGGCGCAUCAGCCAAGCACGAUCUCCACGAAGGCCGUCAGACGCGUUCCAUCGCAACCUCCACCUGAACCUUCUCCACCGCCAAAGACGCCAGAAUACCGAGUGCGUUCGAACACUCCACCGGACCAGAUCCCAUCAGAUCUAACUGUUGCCGCCGUUCCGUCACAAGUCAUGGAUCAACUCUUAACCCCAAUAGGCCGAUCCAGCAAGAGAAUGGCAUCAGUCGUCGAUCAGGAGGAAGAUGAUGAGCGAAUGACCAAGUCGCCAAGGAUUGAUGGUCGUUCGCCGAGUCUGAGAUCAGACCGUAUCUUGGCCAGUCCGCGCUUGAAUACUCGAGCAGCCACCGGUACAAAACCACUGAAUAGGGCACCAACUACGAGACGUAGCACGGCCACGACUGGGGAAGAAGCGAAUGGGGAUUUUUAGGUUAUAUUGCGUGGCAUGCACAUCUUGGUCGUGAGAAGCGUCUGAUGCGUCUGUGCGUUGCAAGUCGUUGCAUGAUCGUUAUGGGCAAGAGCAGAGCAUUUUGUUACUGUGACGAGAU